AUGACCACCGCAGCAGCAGCAGCUCCCAACCCGGCGCGGUACUACGCCGACGCCAAGGCGCCCGUCUGCCCCCUGGUCAUCAAGGACCACUUCAACACGCUCAGCCCAAAGGAAAAGCUCUACGCGCACCACAUCGCCGCUGCGAGCUGGAUCGGCGCGCGUAUCGUGCUUGAGCAGACGACGCCGCAUGCCUCGGGCCUCUUCGACCUCCUGCGCGAGGUGUUUUCUGCCAAGGGGCAGCCUACGGCGCUCGCGGACCUCGACAAGCUCGCGUCCGACGCUGGCGUGUCGGCCGACGAGUUCACCGGCACGCUCGAGUACACGGUCCAGGUGUUCAACAACCUCGCCAACUACAAGUCGUUUGGCGACUCCAAGUUCAUCCCCCGCGUGCCGGCCGCUGCGUUUCGCAAGGUCGUCGCGGCCGCCCCGAACGCCGCGAGCGCACUGGCAAAGUACGACGCGCUCGAGGAGGAGAUCUACGGCCUCACGCCGGCCGCGCGCACGCUGCUCGGAUACCUUGACGCUGGGCAUGUGACCAACUACUACGAGGGCGACAUCACCCAGGACGACAUCAAGGCCGUCGGCACGUGGUGCGAGGCGCGCGGCCUCGACCCGCUGAACACGCGCCUCUUCAAGACCAAGGACGGCAAGUUCGAGCUGCGCAUCGCUAGCGCCGAGAAGAACGGCCCCGAGGCGGGCGAGUACGACGCGGGCGAGCGCAAGGUUGUUGUGGUGUAUGGCGACUACGCGCCGGUCCUGGCUGCUGUUGCCGCCGAGAUCGCCAAGGCGAUCCCGUACGCCGCGAAUGACCACCAGAAGAAGAUGCUCGAGCACUACGUCACGACGUUCACGACUGGCUCGGUCGACGCGCACAAGGACAGCCAGCGCGAGUGGAUCCAGGACAUUGGCCCCGCUGUCGAGACCAACAUUGGCUUUGUCGAGACGUACCGCGACCCCGCGGGCGUGCGCGCCGAGUGGGAGGGCUUUGUUGCUGUUGUCAACAAGGAGCAGACGAAGAAGUUUGAGCGCCUCGUCGCCGCUGCCCCCGAGUUCAUCCCCCAGCUCCCCUGGAGCAAGGACUUUGAGAAGGACAAGUUCCACAAGCCCGACUUCACCUCGCUCGAGGUGCUGACGUUCGCCACAGCUGGCGUGCCGGCCGGCAUCAACAUCCCCAACUUUGACGACAUCCGCCAGACUUUUGGCUUCAAGAACGUGUCGCUCGGCAACGUGCUCAACGCCAAGGCGCCCGACGAGAAGAUUACGUUCCUCGACGACGCCGACGUCGAGCUGUUCAAGAAGCUCCGUGGCCCCGCGUUCGAGGUCCAGGUCGGCAUCCACGAGCUGCUCGGCCACGGCACCGGCAAGCUGCUGCAGGAGGAGCGCGACGGCUCGGCCAACUUUGACAAGGCGAACCCGCCCACCAACCCGCUCACGGGCAAGCCCGUCGAGCACUGGUACGGGCCCGGCGAGACCUGGGGCUCGCGCUUCAAGGCCGUCGCGUCGAGCUACGAGGAGUGCCGCGCCGAGUCGGUCGCCAUGUUCCUCAGCACGAGCUACGACGUGCUCAAGGUGUUUGGGCACGACGACAAGUCUGUCGAGGAGGGACUCGCCACCGACAUUCUCUAUGUUGCCUGGCUGCAGAUGGCGCGCGCUGGUCUGCUCGCGCUCGAGUUCUACGACCCCGCAGCGAAGAAGUGGGGCCAGGCGCACAUGCAGGCGCGGUACGCCAUCACGCGUGUGUUCCAGGACGCCGGACACGGGUUUGUGUCGAUCGACAAGGUCGGCGACGACGACCUCCGUGUCCGCCUCGACCGCAGCAAGAUUGAGACGAUUGGAAAGGACGCCAUCGGCCACUUCCUCCUCCAGCUCCAGGUGUACAAGGCGACUGGCGACGCCGCGGCCGGCACCGAGCUCUACAACAAGGUCACGUCUGUCCCCGACGAGUGGCUCGCGUACCGCGACAUUGUCAUUGCCAAGCGCCAGCCCCGCAAGGUGCUGCUCCAGGCCAACACGUUUGUGGAGGGCGGCGAGGUUGUGCUCAAGGAGUACGCCGCGGACGAGGCCGGUGUUAUUCAGAGCUUCCUCGAGCGCACCAUCUAG